GGAAGAGGAGUGUCACUCGCGGAGUCGUGAAAUCCGGAGGCAUGAACUUGCCUGCUCUUAUGAAGCAUGCUCAGCUUUACGGUCUGAGCAGGCCGGGAAUAUCCAGGUUGAGCCAAGUCUUGGAGGAGUAAAUGCAACGCCAGCCAUGGACGUUGUUGCCAUUUAAAACCCACCUCGCUCUCGAUCGCGCUCUCUUUUCCCUUGCCCCGUCUCUCUUUCUCUCUGUCUCUGUCUAUCUCGAUUUACACUCCUAGCCCCGGAAUUUAACGGGUAAAGCGGACACCACAAGCUCCAGACGCUCGAAUGGCGACCAUACCCUCGUCGUGGUCGUCUCGGAUUCCUUUUCCUGCGCUCACCGUACACUUCUGAAAGUUGGAUGUCCUGGGAGGAGUAGUAAUAGGUCGAGAUGAAUGGCAGUUUAAGAGGUUUAGUUCUUUAAGUGUCAUGUGUGUUUUGUUUUGGUUUGCAGGUCUCCAUUGCUUAGCCAUUCUGCCUCUCCCUUCCCUUCUCUGACCCAGGAAGAUUCUGGUUUCUGGGAUUGUAGAGUGACUUGAAACCGGGGUGAAUUGUAUCGAAAGAAAAUCUUAGGGUUGAGUUGUAGCUCAUGCUGGUGACUUAGCGUAUUUUGUUGGUAAGCUUUUUUAGUUGUUUCUGUUUAUUGGCUUGCAUUAAGCUUUAGGUGUGUUCGUGCCAUUUUGUCAGUUUUAAGUCGCUAGAAUGCAAGCCACCAACUUUUAUUCUUGACUCGGAUUCUGCAGUUGCUUUCCUCUCUGUUAUGGGUCAGUCUCUUAGAAGUACACUUGUAGCCGAGUAAAGUGGUUUUUUUUUUUUUUUUUUUUUUUUUUUCCUUUUCUUCUACUGGGACGAAGUGCAGAUGAGCACCAGGCAUCCCCAGUAUUCUGUCUAUUACAAUUUGAUGCCAACGACAGGCUUCCAAGGAAUUUUUCUGGGUUACGGAUGUGGGAAGUUGAUUACACUGAAGGGGAAAGGAAACAGGGUUGCAGCAGAGCUUUUGUGAGAUUUGGGUAGGUCAUGAAGAAGGCUAGCGGGCAGAAAAUGACGAUUUUAGACGAUAUCAGGACGUGUUUCAAGUUGCCAAGAACGAAGGUCGAGGGCAGUAGGUUAGAGUUGAAUGCAGACGUUUCGAGACUAUUGCCUCCUGUGACCAUGUGUUUCCUACAUACCAAUUGUUGCGUGGGAGGUUUUUAGAACGAGAAAAGGUUUUCAGACGACUGGCUAUUGCAGGGUGAUGGCGCGUAGGACACUCACGGCAGGAAAGUUAUCAGUGACAGAGGAUGUUUUGCGCUCUAUUUCAUAGUGUAUGUAGACACGGGCUGUCUCUGGGAGUUCAAAAUGUUCAGGCUUGCGACAAUAUGGAACCUGCCCAAGGACAGGCAAGGGUCUUAUGGACCCUUGAAUCCCGAAAUGGAGCAAUUGCCACAUCCAAGUCGCAAUCUUACUGUCUCUCGUGUUGUCAUCAUGAUAACCGUGGCAGUCUUGGUGGGACUUCUUACUAUAAGCACCUGGUAUUUCACGCACAGUUAUCCAAAGAGUGCAGUUGCCAGUCUUUCGCAGUCCCUGCGUCUUGAAAUUCUGGAAAAUACAUCAGAACUUCUGGAUGAAAUAUUUUCAAUGAACACUUAUGGAUCAAUGGCCAUUGCAAAUCUCAUGGAGAAGAACUUUUUGGGGGACGACUUCAGCAAGGAUAAUUUCAACAGGAUCCGGGAGGCUUCUUGGGCAGUGUUCAAGGCUCUUCCAGUGGUGACUUCAUUAGGAGUAACUGCUGUCAAUGGGCUCACAGCAGUCUAUAACCGUGGGUUUAAAGAUGAAAUAGAAGGUUUCAAGGGAAAUUUCUGCCUUUACUCGAACGACACCAGUGGUGCACCAGUUUAUUACAAGGAGUAUGUGUCUGAGACGACUGGGAAUCCACUGGGUCCACCAUUAGUGCUGAAGUUUCCAAAUUCUCUCCAGGAUACGCCUUGGUUCCAGAAAGCAAUGUCUUACCCCGUUAACAAUCUCACUUGGACCAUCGGUCGGAGCUUAAUAAGUGGGCAGGCGUUCGUUCAGUGUGGAAUAUCGAAACAAGCAAGGACUACCAAUGAAGUGGCUCUAGUUCACUCAUCCUUGAGUGCUAUUGCCAUUAAUAGUUUUAUCGCAUCUCUGGAGUUGAAAGGGGGAAGUGUUUUUAUUGCGGACGAGCACGGAACUCUUUUGUUCUCAUCUGAGCCAACAGUCUGUGUUUUGAGCAAUAGAAGCGAGUGUGAGAACACUCCAUUGGAUAGGAAUUCGGUCUUGAACGAUGGAAAGUCAUUUCUUCAGAAUCGGGUUGGAUUGGCCAACUUGGUUAUGAGCGAAACACACGUAUCUGACGUAAUCUUGAAGGGCAAGCGGUAUUCGGUUGACAGUUGGCCAUACACGUUCAAGACAGUUAAGCUCUCCGUGGUGGUCAUGAUUCCAAGGCAUAGUUUCUGGGGUCCUAUGGAUUACUACACUCGCAUAACAUGGAUAUCGCUUCCCCUACUGUCCAUUGGCGUGGUCUUCAUUGGUUGUAGUCUUAUCUAUCUCCUGGUCGAACAAGUUCAGGCGGAAGAGAAACUGAGAGCAGAGAUUCUGAGGCAAGCUGAGGCCAAGCAUCGUGCAGAAGCUAGUAGAGAUGCAAAAACAAAUUUUCUUUCAAGUAUGAGUCAUGAGCUGAGAACGCCAAUGGCAUGCAUCAUAGGCCUCUUAGAUAUGCUUUUGAUGGAGAACCUCACCGUGGAACAUGAGGGGAGUAUUCGACAGAUCCACCGUUGUGCUACAUCUCUAGUUUCAUUGCUGAAUUCUGCUCUUGACAUUGCGAAGGUGGAAUCAGGAAAGUUGGUACUGGAGAAAGCAGAAUUCAAUCUAGAAGCGGAGCUCACUGCACUCAUCGAUGUCUUUUCUGUGCAAUGUGACAACAAGAACCUGUUCAUCUCUCUUGAUGUCGCAGAUGAUGUACCGAAGAGGGUAAUUGGUGACUCAGCACGAGUUAUGCAAGUCUUCACAAACCUUGUGGGAAAUAGCCUCAAAUUUACUUCCAAGGGUCGUAUUAUGGUGCGAGGUCGAAUUGCCAAUCCAGAAACUGAUGUAUCAGGGAGGUUGCAUCGACGAAGUUUUAGCCCAUUUUCACUCGAAAGAUACACUGAGGCGUCUAGUGCACCUGAUACAGUGGUCUUGGUCUUUGAGGUGGACGAUACCGGUCCAGGGAUUGAGCCUGCUUUGCGGGAGAAGAUUUUUGAAAACUUUGUGCAAGGAAAUGCUAGUACAACUCGCACGCAUGGUGGGACAGGCCUGGGCCUUGGUAUCGUGCGCUCUCUCGUUCAGCUCAUGGGUGGAAGCAUAAGGAUCGUUGAGAAAAGUGGUCCUGGAGUCGUUUUCCAGUUUUCGAUCUGCUUCCAGCGGGCUACAACAUGUGACUUUACUCCCUUCAGUUUACCUCCCUCGUACCAGGGUACUGAGAUUAUUGUUGGCAUUCCUGACGCUGACUGCAGAGGAGUUGCCUGCAAGUGGAUCACCAAAUUUGGUUUGAACGUUCAUCAAGUCGAGUCGUGGGAGCAGAUAUUAUUAUAUAUGAGGGCUCUCAAUGGGGGGUCUAGUGCGGGAAGUGGUAGAUCUGGGUUCUUUGAAAACCUGUUAUCAGAGCCCUCGGCAGAUGAUCAGCAACUUGCCAAUGCCCCACCUAGACGCUCGACAUGGUCACAGAGAUAUGAGUUUUGGAGAAGUUGGAAAGACAGUGAUGAAAGGCCAGCUACUGGACAAAUAAGGCAACUUAUGGUACUUGACACUAGCCUUUUACCCAGCGAUGUGAAAGCAGAUUACUUGGAGGAGUACCUUCAGGAAUCAGGGUUUUUCACCACUUCACCUACGAAGUAUCUAGAUGAGUUAGGGUUGAACAGCACAUUGGAGGUAAAUGAUAGACAGCGAAGAGAUCUCCAAGGGGACCUUUCUGUGGUAUGGGUCUGUGCGUCCAAUGUUCAUGAGCCCAUUAAAGCUGCCCUUCGUGCAGUUCGGAACUCAUUUUUAGUUAAAAGGCCUCUACAUACAGCUCGCCUCAAGGAGAUUUUUAAUCUAGUGUCUCGGGAGGGAGAUGUCCUGCCCGCCUUGGAAAUCCAACGCCCACAGGAACUUCAUGCCUCCAGCGUCAUCAAUUAUGCGAAGCAGCAGGAGUGGAACGAUCCUUAUGCGUGUGAUGCUGAGGUGUCACUAGCUCAAGAAGUAUCUCCUCGGCCAAUCCCCCCUGCAGUGAUGCAAGGAAGGAAUGUGCGGUACCGGCCAACCGCUACAAAGUCGGCUCCACUUGAAGAGAUAUCUUAUUCAGAAAUGGAAAUCAGACCAUCUGAUUCAUCUUCUCUAAGUUCAACUACAAUUAGCAAGCCCAUCAAAAAAAAUGUUCCGGUCCUUGCACAGCUCAACGGCAGGAGGAAUGGCGUUGCUAGUGCCCCUAAGCCUUUGGAGAAGCUUGAGAUUUUAGUGGCUGAAGAUACACCGCUGCUACGAAAGUUGGCUGUUGCUAUGUUGAAAAGAUUGGGGGCCAUAACUUUUGAGGCUUCAAAUGGACAGGAAGUUGUGGAAGCUGUAAUGGCACGUUUGCGAAAUGGCCAAGCUUCUUUUCAUUGUAUUUUGAUGGAUUGUCAGAUGCCUGUGAUGGAUGGCUAUGAAUCCUGCAAGGCAGUUCGAGAGUUUGAGAAGCAUUUUUCAGGCAGAACUGCUAUUGUGGCGCUGACAGCAAAUGCAAUGGCCAGCGACGAGCGGAAGUGCUUGAAUGCUGGAAUGGACGCAUUUCUUACCAAACCCAUCGAUCAAGAAUAUAUGGUUCAGAUAAUCCUUCGGACUGUGAACACUGGUACUAGUGCUGUGGAUUCACCCCAGACGAGUUCCACCACUGGGAGCACGUCUGACCCUCAGGCUAGCUCUUGAUGCGUUCAAGAGAAGAAACCAUCCUGUUCUAUCGCUCUGCUUGUUGUAUCUCCGGAGACGGCCUGAGCACAUACCACAGAGACCACUGAAAUGGGUUUGUGAGCUUUAUUGGAAACGACUUUGCUGGGAUGACUUUUCAACGCCUUAUCCCCCAAUUUGGAGAGUGUCAGUCCAGAAAAGAUUGUGCAAACAGAUGUCUUCAACAACGAUUUCAAAAAAGAAAAAAGAAAAACUUGAUGUGGUUUGGUUCCCCUCGAUUUGCUUGUACUUCUACACGCAUAGACGGCGAACAUGAUGUUCUGUCCAAGACUCCACGCCAGCAGUUCCUUGUGCACGAUGAAGGAGAUCACUCAGAAUGCAUUCAGAUUAGAGGUACUUUGCCGAUUUCUAGAUGUUUGAUUUCUUUUGCAAUCCUUAGUGUUGUGAGCCUUUGGUUUUCAUACAGAUUGUGGCCAAGGAUUGUAUCGAUUUUUCUUGCAGUGGGUUACACACAGUUGGCACUACCUGCGAGGGGAAUGUAUACCCCUCGUCUAUGUAUUUUAGGCCCACUGGGCAUUACCAGACGGUGCACUAUUUUUGCUGCCGUGAGGACAAGCCUUCAGUAGCAUAGUAGAAUACCAAAUGAUACCCUACCAUGUACUUGGAUUUGCGUCGCUCUUCGUAGAACCCUUCCUUUUCCAUUGUUUCUGUCGAGCCUAGUGUAGUUCUACGUUUAGAUAGAAUAGUUCCUGAGGCGCAGCUCCGCUUAGUGUUGUGUUCGAAAUUAGUUUCAUUCAUGUAAAGGAGACCAUCUCCUCGGAUCAGGCGGCAUGGCUUCCUUCCAAUGCCAUCUACUGUGGAAUGCAUGAUGAUAGGCUGGUUGUCUUCUUCCUCCUUCAACCUAA